GGGUGCACAAAGAAAGACAGCGGCAAUGGCGUUGACGCGGCGCGGGUCCCGGGUCAUGGUCGAAGCAGAUGGUAUGUGGAGUUUAGAAAGCAUGUCCUUCAAGCGACUCGUGCUCGUGACCGUCGGCCUCCCCGCGCGGGGCAAGAGCUUCGUCAUGCGCAAGCUGACCAAGUACACGGCCUGGCUCGGGUUCCCGACCAAGAUCUUCAACGCAGGCAACUACCGCCGCCAAGAGGGCAUGGCGGCCAUCGACGCAGCCUUCUUCGACGCCGAGAACGUCGAAGCCAAGCGCAUCCGCGACGAGCUCGCGAUGGAAGCACUCAUGGAGCUCAUUGCGUGGAUCGAAGACGGCGGCCACGUCGCCGUCUUUGACGCGACCAACACGACCAAGGCGCGCCGCGAACUCGUGUGGCAGACGCUCAAGAGCGUGCCCAACAUCCAAGUCAUGUUUAUUGAAAACAUUUGCGACUCGAUCCCGAUGCUCGAAGCCAACUACCUCCGCAAGCUCAAGAACGACGACUACGUCAACGCCGACCCCGAGACGGCGCUUGCCGACUUUAAGGAGCGCGUCGCCAAGUACGAGGCGGUCUACGAGACGAUCGAGGACGCGGAGAACGACGGGCGCAUCUGCUACGUCAAGGUCUUCAACGCGGGCGAGAAGGUCCAAGCACGCUUCUGCCAAAGCUUCUUGCCCAGCCAAGCCGUGUCCUUCCUCCAGAACAUUCACCUCUUUGAGCGCAAGCUCUGGCUCGUGCGGCCAGGCCCGAACCGCAACGGCGUGCAGCACAUCUUGGGCGGCGACGAGGAGCUCACGGACGACGGCCACGUGGUCGCGCACGCCCUCGCCGAGUUUAUGGUGACGGCGAUCGCCGAGACGAAGCGGCCCAUCGACGUGUGGCACAGCACGAUGAAGCGGGCGAAGCAGACGUCGUCGUACAUUCCGCGCGAGCACGUCAAGCGCGUGGUCAAGACGACGCUUCUCAACGAGCUCGGUGGCGGUGACUUCGAGGGCUUUACGCGCGAAGAACUCGCCAACUACUACCCGCGCCACCUUGACGCGCGGACCAAAGACAAGCUCCGCUACCGGUACCCAGGCGCCGGUGGCGAGAGCUACAUUGACGUCAUUUGCCGCCUGCGCCCGCUCAUCAUUGAGUUUGAGCGCAAGAAGCGCGACUGCUUGAUCAUUUGCAGCGAGUCGAUCAUGCGCUGCCUCAUGGGCUACUUUAUGGGCGUCACGGCCGAGGACCUCCCGCACCUCCCGACCAAGGUGGGCAUCGUGUACGAGCUCUCGCCGCACCGCGACGGCUGCGACAUCAAGGAGCUCCCGCUCAAUCUCCCCGACCAGCUCAAGGACACGCUCGAAGACUACAUGCGCGAUUUAUAAGCUCGCGUCGCGCUCGAAGAAUACAUGUUUCCAUUAUGUAUGCAU